AUGGGUGUCAUUUCUGUCAACUCUGAUAAGAAGGAUGUAGUCAUAUGUUUUGACAAGCUUUAUAGAGAUGCGGUUGCAGCAGAGGCCGCCAAGGUAGCAGCUCCCGCCAAGAGGAAGAAGAGUAAGAAAACUAGCAAGACAUCUAGCAAGAAUUCCGGGAAGCACGCCUCCUCAGAGUGCUGCGCACCUGUAAAAGACUUGCCAGAGAGCUCUGCUGGCAAGAGAUCCAAAGCCACUCCACCUGCGACAAAGAAGGUGCCAGCAAAGGAGAACGACCCUGGAGAAGAAAUCAAGAAACCUGAAGCAGCAGGUCUGGUCAGAGGAGUGCUACAUCAAACUUGGCUAGCAGAUCCAGUUGUGGUGCGCAAGGCAAAUGGAAAGUGGGGACUUUGUAUUGACUACACUGACCUCAAUAAAGCAUGCCCAAAGGAUCCUUUCCCCUUGUCGUGUAUUGAUCAAAUUGUAGAAUCCACUAUUGGUUGUGAGUUGCUCUCAUUCCUUGAUGCAUAUUCUGGAUACCAUCAGAUAUUCAUGGCCAAGGAAGAUGAGGAGAAAACUACAUUCAUUACUCCAUGUGGCAUGUACUACUUCAUACAUAUGUCUUUCGGACUAAAGAGUGCUGGUUCAACAAUUAACAUGAAGCUCAACCCUGAGAAGUGUGUGUUUGGCGUUCCAUCCGGCAAACGUCUCGGGUUCUUUGUAUCUUAG